AAGGCAGAAGGUUGUCAGCUACUUCUCGGUGUACAGUGAGUCAAAGCUGACAACCUUCUGCCUUUGUUGGAGUUUUUUUUUCUAACGGAAAUGUUUUGGGGUUUUUACUGCCUCCACUAAGCAAAGGUCUGUUUUGGACACUGUGGCCGGUAUGCCAGUAAACUGCCAAGCAGCCUUCCAGGCACCAGGGCAGCGUGGGGAGUUUAGGGGCUAGCUGGCCUGCUGUACCCCCUGUUAAGGGUGGCAGCUACUCUGGCUGCUGGGAUGCUACGGAAGAACAGCAGCAGCGAUGGUGGUGGUGGUGGUAUGACAAAGCACGCCCAGGAACUUUCACAGCACCGCUCGAAGCCCCUCACAGAAUCUCUCUCAGCUGGAUCCACCAAGACCUGGGAUAUGGGCCGUAGCUCUAAGAACCCCAACCCUCUGAGGAGCAUGGGGCUUACGUCCCGCCUGAUGGGGGCACCAGGAGUGGACCCAGAGUAUGUAAUGCAGCUGGUGAAUGAUGUGCGGGGGUUCGCUGAUGUGCUACUCAACCUCAAGAAUGCUUUCCAGUGUAAAGAAAACCUGGAAGGUCUUCAAGAGGUGGUGCAGGAACGGUUAACAGAAUUACUGCGUGUCCUCAAGGCUGUCAUUGCGAAACACCAGACCCUCAACUCGGUAGACAUCCUAGGAGCAGCUGGCACGGUCAUUGCCAAGGUCAAAGGCGUUAACUUCAAAGAAGUGAACCCAGAAAACAAAAACGCUGUUUUUGGCGAGAUCCACACAUCCAUUGACACUUUGGCAUUCACAUUCGGCAAUGUAGUUUCUGACUUCCUUAUGGGAGAUGUGGACAGCAGCUCAGGGAUGGGGAUCCCCCAGCCCAGGAGAAGCAAGUCUUUUGACAACCUCUUUGUGGAUCCUGAGGAAUAUGUUUUGGGGAAAAGUGAUCUUGUGGGCCCAGAGGUGUCACUGUCAAGAGAGGAAGAAGUUGAUUUGACCUUGUUGAAGAAUGAUAGUGGUGUGGAGUCUGCUCUACUUUAUGCCAAGGCCUGGUCCAAGUAUAUUAAAGACCUUCUAGCCUGGAUGGAGAAACGGCUAGCCAUGGAUAUUGAGUAUGCAAAAAGCUAUACUAAAAUUGCGGAGUCUGCAAAGACGCUGGCCAGUCAGCAGGACUACAUGCCAUUCAGUGAUAUCUACGUUUCCACAUUCAAGAACGACAUUGAAUACAACCAGCAGCUUAUUCAAACUGCAGUGGCUCUUCAAGCCAAUAAAUUCAUACAGCCUCUUCUGGCCCGCAAGAAUGAACUUGACAAGUUGAGGAAAGACAUCAAGGAGCAGUGGCAGAGGGAGCAAAAGAAAAUGCACGAGACAGAUGCAACCUUGCGUAAGGCUCGAGCGCUGAAGGCCCAGCGGAGAGAAGAAUACCAGAAGGCUCAGUCAUCUACAAACCGCUCCCAGGAGGAGCAGUCUAAUGCCGGGAACAAACAGCUGGAGAAGAAGAGGAAGCUAGAAGAAGAGGCUCUGCAGAAGGCAGAGGAGGCCCAGGACCAGUACCAUAGCUGUAUGGCUGACGCAGGCGUCAGAAGAAUGGAUCUAGCCAACGCUAAGAGCACAAUACUCAGUCAGAUUCGAGAGACAGUCUUCCAGUGUGACCUCACCCUCAAAGCUGUGACAGUGAACUGGUUUCAGAUGCAGCAGGCGCAGACUGUGUCACUACCUGCCCACUACCAAGCCCUGAGUGAGAGUGCCAAGUUGUAUUACCCAGGCGAAUGCUACGCUGAGUUUGUCCGUAGCCUGCCGAAAAAUCUGCCAAAAGAGUGCCUUCACUCAGACUCCAUCUCCUCUGACAAUACCAGGUUUAUGUUCAACAAAAGGUCAGUGGGCAGCACUCAUUCCUCCCAUGGCAACCUGUCGCAGGCAUCAAUCACCUCUGGUGACGUGUUGAGCGGAGAUGAAGUGGACAAUCCCCUACAUCGACCUGCAAAGAUAAGUGAGCGAAGGUCCAUCAGCAGCACAGACAUACAAGCACUGAAAAGCCAAGUACCACUGAGAGCCUGGGCCUCUAGUAGUCAGGGAAGCCAGGGUGGGAUGUGCAGUGACUCGGAGAGUGCUGGAGGCAGCAGCGAGUCAAGGUCCAUGGACUCUCCUACUGCCAGUCCAGGUGACUUCAAGCGAAGGCUGCCCAGAACUCCUUCCACUGGGACCAUGUCCUCUGCUGAUGAUUUGGAUGAGAGGGAGCCACCAUCCCCCUCAGACAAUGGUCUGGCAGAGAUGGUGACAGAGACGGCUAGUUCUCCUGGCCCCUUCCGAAAUGCCCAGAUGUCCAAAGCUGCUCAAACCCAUAAGCUAAGAAAACUACGAGCCCCAUCUAAGUGCAGAGAGUGUGACAGUCUGGUUGUUUUCCACGGAGCGGAGUGUGAGGAGUGCUCUCUGGCUUGCCAUAAGAAGUGUCUGGAAACACUCGCUAUCCAGUGUGGUCACAAAAAGCUACAAGGCAGACUACACCUGUUUGGUAUUGACUUUGCCCAAGCAGCAAAAAACAGCUCAGAUGGUAUCCCCUUUAUUAUAAAGAAGUGCACAUCUGAGAUUGAGAGUCGGGCCCUCAACAUCAAGGGAAUUUAUCGUGUGAAUGGUGCCAAAUCACGCGUUGAGAAGCUCUGUCAGGCAUUUGAAAAUGGAAAGGACUUGGUUGAGUUGUCUGAACUCUCACCUCAUGACAUCAGCAAUGUCCUCAAACUCUACCUGAGACAGUUACCAGAGCCUUUGAUCCAAUAUCGAUUCUACAACGACUUUAUUGGCCUGGCCAAAGAGUGCCAGAGGGUCAUUGUGGAGGAGGCUGAUAAACUUAAGAGCACCCAACCAGGAGAGAAAGGUGGGCCAAGCAUCCAGUUGAACAGAGUCAUUUUCAAGAUCAGAGACCUACUCUGCCAGCUGCCUGCAGCCAACUACAGGACUCUGCGCUACCUUAUUGCACAUCUGAACAGAGUCACUGAACAGGCGGAGGAGAACAAGAUGACUGCGAGUAACCUUGGCAUUAUAUUCGGCCCCACACUGGUGAAGCCACGACAGACAGAUGCUGAGGUGUCCCUGUCCUCCCUGGUGGACUACCCCUACCAGGCACUGAUGGUGGAGCUACUAGUGCGAAACUUUCAGACAGUGUUUGCUGUGUCACCCCCACCUGUUUGCGACAUCUCCACCACUAGCCAGGCAUCCCCCAAACUCACCCCGCAAGAGAAGGUGAGGCAGCUUGGCAGACACUCUACCUCCCUGAUGGACAUCAAAGAAAGUGCCAAAGUUUACAAAAGAUACUCAUCAGUAAUCCCAUCCUCACACAUCCUGGAUGAGAUGCAGGAGGCCCAGCCAGGAACAGACAGAACAGAGGUCUCUGCCUUGGACAGACUCAAUGGAAUCCAGACUUCUAGUGGAGAAGUUCAAAGGUCAAACCUAGUGUUUGGCCGUCCCAGCACCACCGUCUCCUCCAUGUCACCGAAGGUCCAGCUACGCACCCAGCGCACCAGACACAUAUCUCGACCAAUCAGCAUGCCGCUGGAACGCCUGCCCACCCCUGCUCAGAUCAGUGAGAGGAAUAACCGAAACACUGCUGAUAAUGUUGAUGCAGGCUCUGCUGUGCGGGACACCAUCGCUGAAACUAUACAGGAGAUACCAGAGCCAGAGAAGGCUCGCCAGAGUGGUUCAUCCAGGGUUAGCACCUACUACAUCACUCCUUUUAUAGACACUCAGACUAUGCAGAGGAGAACGUGGGACAGGAAGUACAAGCACUAUGAUGUUACACCCAGGACUGCUAUGAUAGUUGCCAACCUGCCAUCUGCCAGCUCUGGAGUACAGCCUGUAAAGGCAACAGUCCCUGUCACUGCUGGCCCAACUGUAACCACGGCCUCUGUGGUUCCUACCACAAGUAGCGUUACUACCAUAUUUUCAAGAAACGCCUACACAAUGCCGGUCAGGCCUGUUUGGACGUCUAAAAGGGAAAAUGACACAGAAAAUUCAGUCAGUGAGUGUAGCAGCUCACCAAACCUUCUAUUAACUCUCAGGGCACCAAGGACUCUGCAGCCUCCUCCAGGAACUUUCUACAAGCCCCCUGUUUCCAUUAUUAACAGAGCCAGGACACUUCCAAACUGGACUACUACAGUAACCACUAUCACCACCACCACCAGCACCUCCUCACUUGCCCCCACCAGCCAUGCCCAAGUAGCCUCCCUGUCCCCUGCCCUUAAAAGCCCCACAGAGACACGGCUCCAGUCACAGGACUCCACCGACAGUGCCAUUGACCCCGGGGUCUCGACUUCUGCAACCCUUUCACCCUCCCAGUCUCCACCUCCCAGCAGCCCAGACGACCUCAGCCCCAGUGAGUCCAAACCUAUCUACCAAAGACUGCGACCCCGGCGGCUGCAGGAGCUUGAGCACAGAGAGGCUCAUUUUGUCUGACACCAAAAAACGUAUAAUGUGUGUAAAUAUUAAUGUAUCUGUGCCAUAGUGUAUACUGAGGCAAACAUUUUUCUCAACAAGCUGAGACUGUGAGGAAAAGCAGCCCUGUGAAAAUAAACCAUGAAAGUGUUAUAAGUACUAAUAUAUUCAAUUUUACAUGUUAAAGUCAUGGUGUCAACAGUGGUUGGUCUUAGCAUUCAAAGCAAGCAAAAAAAAAAAAUGCAUGAAUUGUCUAAUUUUAUGCCAAAGAAAAUUUGCCAACCACAAAAUGGAUUUCUGUCUGUAAAGAAUUAUAAGCCUAUCACUUUUCUUGUUCAAUGUUUAAUUUGUUACAAAAGUACAUUUUAUAUUGCCUUUAAUUUUAAAACUGGUUAUAUUUUGUGUUUUAUUUCACAGGAAUAGAUGGAAGUAUUGUUAACACGAGGUUCUUGAUUAUUAAGAAUUCAACAUUUUUACCUUUAAACGUGUCCAUGGUAGCCUGUGUGUGAUUGGUACAUCUUUUCUCCGUAUGUAAACCAUAUGUAUCUGUUUACAUUUUUUGUAUUCAUUCAUAUAUACUCCGUGCUUGUCACAAUAAUUUUGUGUCAUUGAAUCAUUGUGACUAUACAGAAGAAAAAUGGCAUGCAAUAGUUCUUGCUGCAAAUUAAAAUGUUAUUUUAAACUGUUA